AUGAUCAACUUAUUCUUCCUCCUGGCUGCCGGGCUUGUGGCUCUCGUCUUGAUCUACUCCAGGCUCGAUCUAUGGCUCCGUCGCAGGCGCUUUGCGGCCUCGAAUGGCUGCCAGCCGCUGCGACAACCGCGCAACCUCGACCCCUUUCUGGGUAUCGACCAUCUGCCCAAGGUCAUGAAGGCCGCCAAAAACAAUAGGUUCCUCGAGUUCUGGGACAGCGGCCAUUUCGCCAACAUUGGUAACACGUUUGAGAUCAACCUGAUGGGCAAUCCGAUCAUCAUGACAAACGAACCGCAGAACAUACAUGCGGUGCUGGCCUCGAAGUUCCCCGAUUUCGAGAUUGGCGAGCGCCGCAGAGCUCUCUCGGUUAGGUUUGCGGGCAUUGGCCUGCUCAACGCUGACGGUCAGGUCUGGGAGCACGCGAGGGCGCUGGCCAGGCCCAAUUUUGCCCGCAGCCAGAUCAAGCUGGAGCUGUUUGAGAAACAUCUGGGCGUCUGGAUUGGGCCUUUCGAUAUGCAAGUUAACUCGCUAUCCAUCAGUCGAAUGACUCUCGAUGUCGCCUCCGAGUUUUUCUUCGGCCCCUGUCCUGGGACCCUACAUCCUCAAACCACGGAUCUAGCCCAGCGGUUUUCUUGGGCCUUUGAUGUCGGCUCUGCGGCCAUUGCAAAGAGCGUCCGGCUUGGAAAGCUGUCAUGGCUUUAUCAUGAUCCCGACCAUGAACCGGCAUGUCGCAUAGUACACGAUUACGUCGACUCGAUCAUUGCCGAGGCGCUGUCGAAAGAAAAGGUGUCCCUGCAGGGAGACCAGAGCGCUCACUACACCUUCCUUCAUGCCCUUGCAGAGGAAGGGAUGAGCAGGGAGAAGAUACGCGGCCAGAUGCUAAGUAUCCUCCUUGCUGGGCGUGAUACAACCGCCUGUCUUAUGAGCGCGGCCAUGUGGGAAAUCUCCAGACACCCCGAGAUGCAAGCUAGGCUACGGCAGGAAAUCGACCAGCACCUAGGCAAAAGGCAUCCUAAGCUCGAAGACCUUAAAAAUAUGACUUACCUGAACUGGUUUGUCAAAGAAACGCUCCGUCUUUAUCCCCCAGUCCCCAUUAACUUCCGCCGUGCCGCCAGAGAUACCUGGCUCCCCCGUGGUGGCGGAGCGGAUGGAAUGGCACCCAUCUUCGUCAAAAAGGACCAGGAGAUUGUAUAUCAAAUUUGGUCAAUGCAUCGUCGCAAGGACCUCUGGGGUGACGAUGCCGCCACAUUCAAGCCUGAAAGGUGGGAAAAGGCAAGGCCACGCUUCGAGUUUCUGCCUUUCAAUGCUGGGCCGAGAAUCUGUCUAGGCCAGCAGUUCGCCUGGACAGAGGCGAGCUAUGUGCUUGUGCGCUUCUUGCAGGAAUAUUCUCAUAUCGAGGGCUUGAAUACGACAAUCCCAUGGACGGAGAAACUAACUUUAACCUGUUGCAUCAACCAAGGCGUGCAGGUGAAAUUAACAAAGGCUGUAUAA